GUAGGGCAUGUUUGACCCCUCCCAUCCCGUCGCCUGGUGUGAAACCCAUACUUUAUUCGCUCGUUUUCGUUACUCGCGAUGAGAUUACGAAGGAUUUUCAUGUAUAUUAUUUGAAUUUGCUGGAACCAGAUAAUAAGCACAGAAGUUAUUUUUAGUUGUCUUCACUUUGCGUUUGAAAGAUAGAACAGCUUUCUUAUCGCCAAAAAGACCUAGUCCUAGGCCAACAAGCAACAGCAUGUUGAUGUUCUUGUCGUAUUUCUUGUUGCGAUUUCACCUCCUGGUGUCCCUGGUCGUCGUUCUUGUAGCGACAGCAACGGCCGCAGAUGAUCGACGUAAUGAGUCAAACGAAGACGAACCGUGGCGUCGAGUAGCAACUCCUUCGUUCUCCAAUGCACGAGGUCGCAUGUUGCGCCGUGAAUCUUCGCCAGUAGGCUCUCGGCAUAGAAGCAACCUCGCUACGUCUACUUCUUCCGGAAAAGAUUCAGCGGCAGCAGCAGCAGCACUUGGCAUUUCUAAGGGUUCGCCUAAAGGCGAACAAGGUACAGCUAGCAGUGCAGAUGAUGUCGUCACUUCGGGAUUCUUCGUGGGUCCCAGUAGCUUCUUGCAGGUUUUUGAUAGCAGUGAUCGAGAUGAUUAUCAUACUCACAGACGGACUCAAGAGGAAGCGAACCUCGAUUCUGAUCAUGCCAUCUUCGCGGACAACUAUUUUAAUACCAAGGCUAAAAUUUCUCAAGGUCAUCAAGCAGGACAAGCAGAAGCAGAUACAGACCCAGACGCUCGUACAACUGUAAACGAGGCGGGUAAAAAAACUGAUGGAGAUCAUACCUACUUCACAUCAGCUGCUACUUCACCUUCACCAGAGUCGUAUGUGGAGACAACUUUGGGGGUCGAUAAUGGUCAUGAAGAACGCGCUUCGGCAGCCCACGACAUGCGGAAGGCGGCUGCAAUGGUCAAUGUGCUAGAGCGCGUGCAUGGAUCUAACCCUACAGCACUACACACGCUCGAAUCCCGACUCCUGCUUAUGGAUCAUUUUUAAUACAUCAUUGCAUUCUUCACAUUGUCCAUGUACAUGUUCAAAAGCCUUCGCUCUGCCGUUCAUAGGCUUCAGGCUAGGUACGUUUUCUGAAGAAAAUAUGUUAAGCCAAGUAGUGCCUCUACCUGUAGAUCCUUCUGCUAUUUCUCGAGGUGAUUGAAUGAAAUGGUCAUUUACAACAAAGAAUAGUUAUUAGCGUCUAACUUCCAACAUUCGUCAGGAGAUGAUUCUGCAGGUCUUGUCUUGGGGUCGGACUCCAGCCUGAUACGGGAUCCUUGGUUGGCGGCCGUGCCCGAGUCGGAGAGUAUUCGCGUCUUUCUUUACGAGCUAGGCUUCGACAUACCAGAGGCUAAGGAUCUGACCCCUAAUCUCUCGUGCGAUCCGGAAAUUAGCCGAGCUAGGCAGAGAUAUCUCGUCGCACGAAGGGUACCUAAAACAUAUUUAUGAAUAUCGUGAUGGAAUUGAUAUUAUUAUUAUCAUUAUGGUUUUGGUCCCCCUUCCUCGUUUUUUGCAAGGGUGAAAAAUGUUGAACAUCAACUUUAGUUUGUGAGAUUCAACACCAUGACCAUUGGGUGAGAAAGAAGGAUGAUGAAUGCUCGAUGAAAUACUUUUUUUCGCUUUUGUCGUUUUGAAGAAGUUAAAGUGAGCUAGAGAUACUUCUUUCCCACUCUAGCUUACCGCUCUUGACGACGAGAAGCCAGGGCAGGCAUUGUCAAUGGAUGAUAUUCUUAGUCACGGCGAAGCUGCGAACGGAGGGGCACUUGCUUUGCGCGCCAAUCUGAAAAACGACGUGGAUUCGCUUCGUGAACGCUCACGGCGUGGCUACCGGAUACCCGUGUUCGAGGAGGAGCCUGAAAACGGUGCACAGAAGAAGGAUGAGGACGACGAUAAAAAGAGCAACAAGGUGAAAAAAUAUAGUUGGCCGCGAAAGAUGAUGCAUGACGCUUUCGUGCAGUUUCUGCCGCACCGCACAAAGCCGCUUGGUGAGAGGCGCCGAGAGAUGCGGCGCAUUGCGGACCGAACGAUUUUGCGGCAGUUGCGGAGUCCGAGUCAAUGCUAUGGUGCCAGUUUGCUGCAACACGCAGACAGACUCUACUGCGCGGUCUUCGACAGCGACAUUUUUCCCACGUUUCUGCACCAGAAGAAACUCAUAACGGUGGACGGCGAGGAAGCUGACGUGACUGGCGGAGAAAGUGCAGCUGAAGCAAAAAUUUCUUUGCUCGAAGUCGAUACCGAACAACAUCUGAAUGUGCGAGUACAACAGCAUCAGCUUCGAAGUGAGGCAGCUGAUGGAAACAAAGCUGCAGCAACCAAGGGCGCCGCAAGCGAGACAGCAACUAGUACAUCACGCGAAGUUAUUGAUCCAUCAAAGUCCACCAGCAAACAACAACAAGAGGGUGCUGCCGGUAGUAAGAAAUCAACAACCGACAAGAAAGGGCUCCUGGCUAAACGACUUCAGUCUCUGUUCAACCGGGAGAAUUGGGAGUUGUUCCGACGAGCGGCUUUGCAGGUACAUGGCUGCGACGAGAAGGUUCUCGGUUCCGGCGGCAACGUGUUCCAAAGCCAGAGGCGCGUAUUGCAAAAGUUACGUCAAGAUAUCAAAGACUACAAUACUUUGCACCGGAUGUCAGGCGUGAAAUUCUUCACGCUCGCGUCGUACUUGGACGAUCCGGCUUUCGAGGCACUUCCGAAGGCAGUGCAAUCUGAAGCUCCAACUCGCGCAGGCCUGUUGUCACAGGAACAGCGAGCAUCUUACGACAAAGUACGGAAGAGCGCAAUGAUGAGUCACACGGCAACCGAUGCAGAAGGAUCAUCGCACGAAGAAAGUUACUUCAAGGACUUGCCGAAAACUUUAGAUUUGAAGGACAACGCCGACACGAUCUUGACGCAGGAGACCGAGUAACAUUUUUUUUGGCUUCAUGAUGACCCAUUGAGGGUUUUUUGAUUCUCAUCUUAGUUAUCGAUUAGAUAUCUUUUAUGUCUCAGUAUGAGUAUCCCCUAGUCACAAAUUAUUUGCAACUAAAGGCAACAAAACUUUCACAGUAUCCUGAACGAUGGAACCACGAGCAAUGUACACGACUAUGCGGACCGGAAAGUGCAACAGGUGAACUCCCUCUUUCGUGGACGCUCUCAUCCUGUCUAUUUCUGCAAUCCAUCUGUGCACGCUGAGCUCUGCGAGGCCAUUGCGAUGCCCUCCGUGACGGGCAAAGACGGCAAAAGACACGUGACGGAUGUCGUUGCCUUCACGCAAGAAACGCAUGCGGAUGUGGGGGAGAUUGCAGUAGAAGUAGGUACUCUAGAGCGACGUCGCGAUGUAGCUGGUAAAGUCGUGAUAGUACCUGUUCCGGGAGGUGCGAACGGCAACGACAACCGUGCAGCCAUCGAAGCUGCACUUGAUCCCCGAUCAGUGGACAGCGACUAUGAUCAGGAUGAUCAUCUUCAUCAUACUCCAGUAGGAGCGCACCACGGGAGCGUCAUCCUCGCCUACCCGAAAGGUAAUAUGCCAGGGGCAAGCGAGCAGGCGAACACUGCUGGAGGAGAGUCACCAGGCCUUGCCGCGUGGCAUUUAUUGCAGAAAACCUGGCAGGAGCGUUCCCACAUGCUGUCCGAUGCAGACGAAGUGGGACCAACGAACGACAAUGAUGACACUCGCAUUUAUCUUCCGCCGAGUGAAGUGUCGUUUUUACAGUUCGACGCAUUCGACACCAAGAGCACUACACCAGCGCAACGGCAAAACAAAGAUGAUCUUCAUACUCCACCUACUACGACAACAGUACAACUAGCAGAAGUGACUAACGGGGUACGAUACAGCAGUAGAGAAAGUGAAGGACUUACUUCUUCUGAGCUCGUCUCGACAACAGAUGAAGUCGAUGAUCUUCUCAGUAAUUUUGUUGAUAUUGACGACCACGUCGAAGCUGCAGCCUCUACCUCUCUCGCUGGCAAAAGUACAGAAGACAUCACAAAGGCUUCAUCUAAAGCUGCUUUUUCUUCAACAUCUUCUUCGUCUGUAUUGGAACUCGGCGAGAUGAAGAUGAAAAAUGACCAGGACAAACAAAUUGUUGAAGACAGAUUUAGGGUCUUCUUGGAGAACAACGAAGCUGUUCUUCACGGUGGUGACGACAUUGUGGACGCAAACGCAGUAGCAUCCCCGGAGGGCCUCAAGACGCUUUUCGACGCUUUGCAGUCUCAUGUGGCGAAGAGAGGGGAGGACGAUCAGCAAACGCAAAGUAUUUCGAGAGAAGCGCGAGAAUCAGAAGAAGAUCGAGAUGAAAAUCGGGAAGCCACGGUGCAAGGGGAACCAUCAAUAACUGGCCCUCGUGAUCCUCUGCCUACUUCCUCUUCAAUGCUAGAAAUGAACACGGAAAACAAGAAUAGUAGAGCAGCUCGAAAGAUAAACACUAAUAGCGAGACGCAGAACAAGGACAGCGACAAAGAUAAGGUCGCACGGGCGAGACUCUCGCAGCUAGUGCGGCGAGUGUUGGGCAACGUCGCCGCAAGUCGUCAGUCGCUCCUUGCGUUGUUGGAACAAACGCAUGAUGAAGACACACUUCUGAAGGCCUCGAACUUGUUGAACAGCUUCGAGGCUCUCGACCAUGAAAUGGCUGAUGUGAUGCGGUCUUUUCGAAGGUAG